AUGCCCCUCGCGCGCGCGCGCGCGUCCGCGUCGUCCGCGGACGCCUCGAAGAAGCGCUACGGCUACGACGUCAAGGCGCUCGCGUCGCUCGUCGCCGCCGCCGCCCCGGGCGUCACGCGCGUCGCCCCGGACGUGAGCACGGUGGAUCACGCCGCGCGGCUGCGGAAGCGCUACUCGGACGCGGAGGUGGGCAUCCCGAAGACGUGCACGCGCAUCGCGUGGGACGACGGCGCGUCGUCGUCGUCCUCCUCCUCCUCGUCGUCAUCCGACGACGGCGACGGCGAGCCGUCCACGCCGACGACGCGGAAGACGCGCGCGGCGGCGCGCGGGGGGUUCGCGCGCGUCAGUCUCAGCGCGAAGCGCGGCGCGCUGACCAGCCUCGGCGCGCUCGCGCGCGCCGCGCAUCUGAACGGUUGGAAGCUCGUGACGCACGGCGACGACUCCGCGUGCCAGCUGUACUGGUGCUGCCGCGCGCGCGACCUCGCGGAGCUCACGGAGUACAUGACGAGCGCGCACGAGCAGCGCGUCGCGAAGCGCGCGGCGAUCUGGAAGAGGGCGCUGACGCGCGCGGCGGGGAUGGGAAACGGACGAUCGAACGCGACAGGCGCGUUCUAUACACUGGUUCCCGAUCCGACGCGCCCGUGCCCUCGGCGGUUGCGACUGCGCGUCGCGAAAUUUCCGGGGAUGAAUCAGAUUUGCGACAAGGUGCGAUUCGCGCGGCUGAUGAACCAGGCCGCGAAGCUCUUCCCGGACGCGUUCGAGUUUUGGCCCACCACGGUGAUCCUCCCGGACGACGUCGCGCACGUCGGGGAGGCGAUGGGCGGCGAGCCCGCGGGGCGACGAAGGGAGAUUUUGUUGCAAGCCGCCGCCGCCGCGCGAGCGCGAGCCGCCGGCGGCGACGGCGACGACGGCGAAGUCGGCGGCGUUCGCGGGAUAACCGCGGGGCUCGCGCCGCUCCACGUCGGGGGAGGCGGCGGGAACGGGAGCGAAACGCGCGCGACGCCCGCGGCGUCGAUACCUUCCGCGAGCGGCGUCGUUUCGUCAUCCGCCGCCGUCGCCGCCGCCGCGCGACCGCCGGGACCGCCGCCGACUCAGGUGCGUUCUGUACACUGGUCCCCAUACGACCGCGUUGGCGUGGUGAACGCCGAUCCUUAA